AUGUCAGUAUGGACCUCACACCAAGCUCGUUUGGCUGACGCAAUUAGUAAAGCUGGUAGAACAGUUAAACUAGGUGGUGAUGCACGGUGUGAUUCGACUGGACAUACAGCAAAAUACAAACAAGAUACUGGAUUGUCAAGUAAAGAAGUGAAGAACUCGUACUGGAUGGAGUUAGAGGGAUUAAAGCGUUGUUUACGUUAUAUGUCAGAUGCGGGUAUCCGUGUAUCUCACCUUGUUACAUAUAGGCAUGUGCAAGUGAAAAAAUACAUGAGGGAGGAGCAGCCAACAAUUACACAUUGGUUUGAUGUGUGGCAUGUCGCAAAAGGUUAUAGACCCUAUCAGGAGACAUCAAAAAUAGUUGCUAGUAAGCACUUGUUGAAAGAUAUAGGCAAGUUGUCACCGGCUGAGCAGACAUCAUCUUUAGAAGCGUUCCACAAAGUUGUCUGUCAAUUUGCUCCCAAGUUUGUCCAUUACGACCAUCCACAGAUGGAAGCAAGGUUGUGCAUUGCCUCCCUUCACUUCAAUGAAAAUGCCAACCGAGCACAAGCAACAAAGAAAGAUGGAUCACUGCAGUUUUCGGUAUCAUAUCCUAAAGGUCGGGACACAGGUUUUGCUAAAGAGGUCAAGGUUGAAAUGACUUAUGAUUAUGUAGAUGAAUUGAUGGCAGAAGUUCUGUUCUGCAGGGAAACCGCAGAGACCCACAGUGUUGCACUAGAGCGUCGACUACGAGAUGAAACUUCAUGGCCCAGUGCAGGUGACGGAAGUAGAAGUCUCUUCCUAUCCCAUAGUCCACCCACUCAGCUCAGUAGGGACAGCGCUGGUCUACGGAUGGUAGGGUCAUGA